AUGCCGGUGGCGAUUUUGUGGAUGAGGAAGCCAUUCUGGCUUGACGUACGCACUCGCUGCGUGUUGCAACAGAACUGUGCAAAGCGCCAACGUGUGGACAGAUCGCGAGCGUUGGCGCAGAUUCCUUUGAUGAAACCGACACGAGCCGGCAACUACCAACGCUCGCCCCAACGUUGGGACCAAUGCCAUUUUCUAGAUCCACACGUUGGACGAGUAGCGUUGAGGCCUAUAUUGGGGCCAACGUGUGGAGCCGGCUUAAGGAUUCAGUUAUUCGUAGCGAACGUACGUAUCGAAUAG